AUGACGAGCACGAGCAAUACUGCCGAGCAUUCAUUGCGACUCGUCGACAGGCUCUGCCAGCUCCGCGCUGUACCACCCCACUUGCCUCUUUUCACCGUUGACUCGACCAAGCUCGAGCCGUCUUCCCUACCCUACCAUUACGCCGGAACUCCACGCGAGUACCACCUCUCCCAACCCUCUUCGUCACAUGCAGGUCCCAUCAUCGCCGCUUCACCUUGGGUCCCCCCACCCAUGAUACCCCAUCUGAUGCGGAACAAGCGCGACUCGGCGAUCGCGACCAAGUAUCUCCCCGGCACGGCCGUGACCAAUAUGGAAGCCAUGUUGCAUACAUUUGUGACCGCGAUCCUACCCAUCGAGAUGUUUGGUGAUUAUCAAUACGAUCCUCAGGGGAUAGGGCACGACGUCCCUUACUUUGAAACCAUGCCAUCGAGUCAAUCGCGUGCGCCGGCAAAUCGGGGAAGGCUGACUCGAAAAGUCUUGCUCUCGUCCGUCACAAAUUCUAGGGCUCAGCUCGGACCGAAGCUGAAUUGAUCCCAAUUUUUUUAGAACCCAGAUCCACCUUGAUUUCGAAGAUUGGGCUGUUGCGCUCGAAUUCUUCGCUUCACCGCAAGGAUCGGAGUCGGCAGCUCUCCUCGGUCAAUCUCUCGAUCUCGACUGGAGCGUGCUAACGAGCGAUGAAAAGGCAGACAAUGCUACACGAGCGUUGUAUGAUCAGACAAUACGACGACACGCGAUACACCACCUUCUUGAAAAUGGCAAGUUGAUUCCCGACUGUGAAGAGACAUGGAGAUCGAUCGGUCAUCCGUGGUCCGUGGCGGACACGAUCUCCAACCUCGAAGGCAUUCUUCGAAGCUCGACAAUCCCUCCUCCUACCCUCAUCAACCACUACGUCGUGGUCCCAGUUUCUGGCUCAGGGAGGCGAACACUCUCAAUGGAAUUUUUACUCAACACCUACAUCUCGACCCUCGUCAACGAACUCUCCGUUCUCGAGGCCUGCGGAUCCGCCUAUGUCUACACCUACGAUCCACCUUCGAUAUUCGCUCGACAACUCGGUCUACCCGAUGGACCUAGAUUGCUCAACUUGGUUUGGACAUUGGCGUUACUUCAUGUGAUCGUACGGAAUCAAGAUGGAGGACGAGGGCUAACGUAUAUGAAGGUACUAGCGUUCAACGAUUAUGCGCAUCUCGGGAUCGUCGAGAUGCUCGACCAAGCACUUCGGGGCGCCGGUAAAGUUACUCCCAAAGUCGUCAAACGAUCCCAGCUCUUUGGAAGCGAUCGAGGACGACUUGAUACCCGUUUGUUGGCCCAACUCGUUCCUCCACUACUUGGUCAAGAACUGCGUCUGGCUUUGGUCAUUCACAACAACAGCGAUGCCUUUGGUCAGAAUAUCGAGACCGAAUCCCGAGGGGGGAGUAUGGAUGGGGCGAUCGGUGAACGAUCUAGCGCUGCGGCUGGAUUGAGGAGGGAUAGGAAGAAUUUGUUUGAAUCGGUGGUUUGA